AGUUACACCAGACAGAAGAGCCUCUGUCCCAGUGUUCCCAGCUGCUGAUAGGUUAAUUAGAGGCAUCACUCUGCAGCAUGUGAUUGGCUGAUUAGGUAGGGCAUGCUGCACGUGUCCUCAUGUGAGGAGACAACUGCAGUCAGCUGCAACUCAUUUACAGCUCCAGGAGUUCUGGUUCUGGACGCAGAUAGUCUGACCCAGCACGAUCAGAACCGAGUAUUUAGGUUCUGUUUCCAGACAGAAGAACCAUCCUCACCUCAUCAGAACCAGAACCCUAUGGUGAUGUCUAGAGAUGUUCAGUAUCAGCCUGCAGGUUCUGGUUUACAAAAAUUACAAAACAAAAAUGUUUCUAAAGCUGCUGAUGAAGAAGAGUAUGUGAGGAGCCGCUACCAACCUUGGUCCUGCUAUUCCUCUGACUGCCUGAAGGGGGAGAUAGAGUUCCAGGCGUUAAGCUCUUGGCCUCAAAUAAUUUAACAUUUCAGAGGGGAGCAAAGGAUCGUCAGUCUGAAUCUAAGGAACAUCUUCUGAAGUUGAGGAGCAUCAACUUAAAGUCUCACGUUAAACGUCGGUUUGAGUCUAGGGAUCGGAGGAACAGAGGGAACCUGAGUCACCUGGCUUCAACCAAUCGGAGAUCUCCCAUCAUUAAUGACGUCAUCAUUUAGCCCACCCCAGUGACAUCACAGACCUGUGGUUUUAAAGCAGCAGCAGCUGCUGUUCUGAGGUCAGACCGGCGGGAUGUGGAGCCGAGGUUUCGGACUGCAGCUGGUUCGCCAAGCGUCCACUGUGAGACAGGUGGGCGUCCUCUUCGAUGUCGAUGGCGUCCUCCUGCGCGGUGGAUCCGUGAUCCCGGCUGCUCGGCGCGCCCUCAGGAAGCUUGUGGACCAGAACCAGAGCUUUCUGUUUCCUGUUGUUUUUGUCACCAAUGCAGGAAGUUGUCUGAGACGCCACAAGGCGCAACAGCUGUCUCACCUGCUGGACGUGCAGAUCGCACCUGAGCAGGUAGUUCUGUCGCACAGCCCUCUGCACAUGAUGGAGACGUUCCACAAUAAAUGUGUUCUGGUGUCUGGACAGGGACCAGUGACCCAGAUCGCCCACACUUUGGGUUUCCAGAAGGUUGUAACCAUGGAGGAGCUCUCAGAACAGCACCCUCUGCUGGAUAUGGUGGACCACAGCAGGAGACCCACCAGCACUCCCAGUUCUUCAAGGAUCCUCCCGCAGAUACAAGCGAUCAUCCUGUUUGGGGAGCCAAUCAGAUGGGAGACCAACCUGCAGCUAAUCGUUGAUGUGCUGCUGACCAACGGUAGACCUGGGUGUGUGUAUGACACUAGGCUAUCGGCACAGAUGCCCGUUCUUGCCUGCAACAUGGACCUGUUGUGGAUGGCUGAAGCCCCGUCACCACGGUUCGGUCAUGGGAUGUUCCUGCUCUGUCUGGAGUCCAUCUACAGGAAGUUGACCGGCCGGAGGCUGGAGUAUGAGGCAGUGCUGGGGAAACCCAGUCUGUUCACAUACCAGUAUGCCGAGCAGCUGCUUCGCCAGCAGAACCAGAACCACAAGCUGUCUACCAUCUAUGCUGUUGGAGACAACCUGAUGACGGACAUCUAUGGUGCCAAUCUUUAUAACCGCUACCUGGCCAAGCACCACACUGACACGAUGAGCGACACCAAGCUGGUGGCCCAAGGAACCGGUACCCCGGUACCGGUGGUGGAGGAAUUUGCCUUUGCGGCUCAGUGCCGCUCCAUCCUGGUGUGCACAGGUGUGUAUAACCCUCAAUCUCCACUGCCUGGUGACCAGAACGUUUCAGAGACGAUGCUUCAUGGUCAGAACGACCUGAAAGUGGAGCCAGACCUGGUAGAACCGAGUCACAUGGUGGAGGACGUGGAGGCCGCUGUGGACCUGAUGCUGCAGCAGGAGAGUCCCAACACUUGACGGACCUGUCCUCCGACUGACCGUCUUAAAAUCUAACAUGUGGUUCAGACUGCACACUUGGAUCACACCUAGCCUGUUAUCUCUUACCUGUGGUGGCUAUCUCUGUUUUACAUGAGUAGAGCUCUGCAGGUGGAUCUCAAACCUCAAUCCGUCUGAAGUUGGACAAGUGAUCUUUACAUUUUUUAUAGCAGAACAGGUGAAGCUAAGCUAGCAGUUCCUUUGAGCUAGACCUGUGUGAAUUCAUUUAGUUACUGUGAACAUCAGAAAACUAAAAUAAACUGUUAAACUUUUUCUCAACGUCAUUGUUUUUAUAUCGAGUCCAAGCAUGUGAGACAUUACCUGUGUAGGUAUGUCUCUACAGGACCAAAGGUCAUAACAAAUGUUUAGAUCAUUCUAGAUAUUAUUUUUGAAAAAAGUAACAGUUUACUGCAAUGAUGUCAUGAACAAUUCAAAAUGAACUGAAUUUGCAUUACAAUAAAAUCUUUGUGAAUUUAAAA